AUGGGCAAGUCCAAGUCGCCAGCCCGGCAGAAUUGGCUGCAUCGCUUUCUCGUCUUCCUGGUGCUGCUGGGUUUCCUCACUCUUGCCGUGCAGAUUUCAGCGCUUCUCGGGCGGUCAGGUGAGCAAUUAACUGCCAGUGCACGAUUACGACGUGCCAUCAGCCAGCGGAUCCCGUGGCGCCAUCGCAGCAACAACCACAGUGAAUUGCAGUCGGUUAAUGAAUUGCAACCGGUCAGCAAUGAACUGCAGCGAUUUGGAGCGGAACCAACACCAGCAGCCGACACUGGAGACGACGAGGUGUCGGACGAGGACCUUUUGCAUCUGAGCCUGUUGCACGAGCGCUGCGUGGCCGACACGGAUGCAAUUUUGCCCUGGCAAUUCGGCAGUCCCAACCACCAAUUACCCAAUACUACAGCUAGCAAUCCGGAGGUUGUCAUACAUCAGAAUGACUCGAAUUUGCUGCAAAAGCUCAAGCAGUGUUCGGACGUGGACAUUUAUCUGCCCAACCAUCUGCACGGCAAUGGAUACUGCGAGGAUGCAGUCGCGUACACCAAGUAUUUGAACUCAAGACUUCUGCCGAUGUGGGCACUGCAAGUUAAAAUGUACGACCCGGAGCUUCAACGCGAGGUGGACUACUUCGACUUGUGUCCCAAGACGCCGAUGAUCUUCUUUAAUCACUACUGGGACGACGUGCCGUCCAUGCCACGCUGGCCCGAGAACAAGCCGAUCUACUUGAUGCCAAACAUCGAGAUGAUCGAGUUGACUCCAGAAUUUUACUGGAGGGUGAACGUCGUUUUGUGCAAGACGCAGAUUUGUUUCGACCGAGUGACCAAGUGGUACGAGCAAGAGGGCAAUCCACGUAACACGGAGGUAUUCUAUACAAAACACACGUCUUCAGACCAAGCGCAGUUCGCUCGUAAGCGUCUGGGUGAAGAUGCCAUCGCCCCGAAGAAUUUCUCGAACGUAAAAUUCCUACACACACCUGGUACCAGUAUUUGGAAGGGAACUAGAGCGGUACUAGAAUGCUGGACUUCGAUGGCAGGUUUGCCGCCAUUGGAUGUGUAUAUCGACGAGAGCGCCUACAACUACAUGAUGCCUCCGCCAUUCCAGACCAAGCUCAAUCAUAGUCGCAGCCCCGUUAACGUCCACUUGGGCAUGGUGGAGCGCUCUGAAUUCAGUAAAAUUACUGCAGAGGCUGCGUUCUUUAUGUGUCCAAGCAGAAGUGAAGGAUACGGCCACUAUAUUAACCAAGCCCGAGCAUCUGGAGCAGUUGUCGUUACGACAGGCGCAGCUCCGAUGAACGAACUCAUUAACUCGAGGGAAAUGGGAGUUUUGGUUCAAGCGAGGCGUCAACAUGAUGAUAGAAUGUUACUGGGUGGCAAUUUCAAGGGAGGGCAUGGAUUGAAGAACGUCCAGGGUCUCAUUGCCGCGUUUUCCCCCUACCAUUUAUGCCAUACAGUUUUGGCAAUGAUAAAAACCACGACGCCUGAACAGCGAGCAGCUAUGGGAGCUAAUGCACGUCGACAAUAUCAUGAGGAUACUAAAUUCUUUGCGGAAACGAUGCAAGAGCUGCGGGAAUUCGCAAGAAACGGAAGAUAA